GAAUACAGUUAUGAAUUCACAUAGUGAACCGCCAUGACAGCUGAUGCAUUUCGUAUCGCUUGACGUUUGAUCAGAACAUGUCAUUUUGCACAUUUAAUUUCGACAAAUGGCAGACUUCUUUUUCGGUUUCGAUACGUCGCUUGCAAAUAGCAGUUUAGAAGAUGGUCUUGAAUGUCCCUUUGAGGAAGAUGAUCUUGGAGAAGAGGAAGAAUAUGAUGCUUUGAAUGAUGAAACUUUUGGAUCUGAAGCUACUAUUGGCGAUUGGGAAAAAGAUCAUGAAAAACUUGCAGAAAUUACAGAAUCCAAUCGCCCUCAUCAUCAGAAUACUUUAAACAAAAAAAAUGUAACCAAUUUAGAUAUUGAAGAUAAUUUAUCCCAUUUGGUAUUAGAUGAGAAAGAAGGUAUUGUUCCACGUCCUGGAGUAUGGGAUAAUCCUUCCAAUUUAGCCCUUCCUAAACCUCGACCACCUUUGACUUUAUCACCAGCUAUAACAAAUGUAUGCACAGUGGAACAAUUGGAAAAGGGAUUAAUUGCAAAUAGACAAGCAUCUAGAUUAAAUAAACCUACUCAAACACAACAACCGCAACAACAACAACAGCAACAACAACAACAACAGAAAUCUGAUGGAUCACUUUUGUUUGAAUCUUUGUCUGCACCACCGCGUUUCCCGCCAGGAUUGGGUAUACCUCCACAUCCUGUUGUUUUACCAAACAUGAGAUUUCCUCAUCCUCAAUUUUUACAGCACCCUAGAUUAUUAGCCAAUCAAACUGGAAAUGUACUGAGAUAUCCUAUUGCAGCACAUUUGAUGUUACCACAUACUGCUCAAAGACAACCAAUUCAUGGUUCAUUUUGUAAUAAUUUUCCUCAACCAUCGCUUUCGAAUUUAUGUCCACCUCCAUUUUUACGAGCAGAUCAUAGUAUGAUACCUCCUUUCUCUAGCAAUCAGACCAGUCAUCAACAACAACAGCAACAUUCUUUUCCGCAUUCUGGAAAUCAAAGAAAUCAAAAUAGAGCUUUUCAUCAUCAAGGGGAACAACAAGGAAAUCACCAACCAUUUUUUAAGAACAAUCAACAUCAUCGUAAUCAUGAUCGAAAUAAUCAACGACAUUAUCAUUAUAAUCAUCAUUGUCAAGGAAUAAAUGGAAUCAUUGGAUCAGGAGAAUAUGAUGAAUAUGCCGGUCUCAUGAGUACUCGGGAAAAACAGUGGUUAAUUAAUAUUCAAUUAUUGCAACUUAAUACAAAUGAACCAUAUGUUGACGAUUAUUAUUACAUCGUUUUUUGCGAUAGAAGAAAUAGACAAUGUAUAAAUCAAGAGCAAAAAGAUAAAAAACAUAACAACAAUAAUAAUAAUUAUCAUAGAGAUUCCAGAGAUCGAGAACAACCACAUCAUGUACUUUCAAAAUCCAUAUAUACACCAACACAAUUUGAAAAUUCUUUGGGAAAAUUACAGUUUGCUAGUGUUAUUGCACCGCGUAAAGUUAUUGAUAUGGAUGUUGUACCAAAUAGUGAUCCUCAAUUAGCUACUCAAAUACAACAAAAAGAUACAAAGCGAACAAGACAAUUGUUACUCGAAAUUGAAAGGUUAUAUAUAAUUCAAUUAAAACUUGAAGACUUGCAUAAUCCUUUGGCUCUACUUAGUGAGCAGCAACAAAAUCAAGAAGGAGAGAAUGAAACAAAUAAUAUUAAAAAAGGUAGCUCAGAUAUAAUAAAUAUGAUAUUAUCAGCUUUUCUUCAAUUAAUACAAGAUGAUAAAUUAGCGAGCAUAUUAAGUAUUCGAAAAGGAAAGACGCUGUUGUUGAGGUUCUUGCCAUAUUUGAAUGUAACGGACCAUCGUAAUCAAUUAGAAGAAUUAUGGAACGCGAUAUUUCGAGGAUUAGCUAUUAUAGGUCGUAGAGAUUCUCACCUCUUGAUAAGCCUGCAUUCGGAAUUUCAACGAUGGUUCGAUACUGUGCAAAACUUCAAUACAAUAUUUCGAUUAGCUCGAUCACUGUCUGACUCCGCUAAUCAACCUAUCAAGAACAACAGUUUAGCUUUUGCUUUGACAAACAAGUUUGGUGUAUCUGUAAUUGCUUCGAUGUUUGAACAAGCAGAAAAAUUAUAUCCCACGGAUGAUUCUUUAUCUUCGGAAUGGUCAUCUUUCAUAGCAAACAUCAUUGAAAUAAUUGGUGAAACUCCACCCUGUGUCGCACCUUGUCGACCGAUUGCUGCAAAUACGCUCAAUCAGCAUUUGAAUCGACUAUCUCAUUUAAAAUGCGGGAGAUAUACAAAUCUGGAACUUCUAUUAACUGAUGCCAAUCCUUCUCGAUAGUUAAACGUUAUUAGAUAUUUUUUUGCCAUUUCUUUAAACCUGCUUUUUAUAAUCAUUGAUUGAACGACAAAUUACAUUGAAAGAGAGACGUAAAUAUUUUAAUACUUUAUAUCAUUAAGAUUAAUCAAAUAUUUUCUGCAUAUGAUUAAAUAUAGUAAUUGGUACUCAAUUUUCACAUAGUAAACAUAUAUCUUUUAUGUUUAUUUUAACAAAAUAUUAUAUCGAUCGUGUCUGAUUUAUUAUAUAAAAAAUAAUAAUAUGAUAUUGAUUAAUAAUCUGUAUAAUAUUUACAAUUGUUAUAGUUUGUUUACAGUUUCUUUUUUUGUUUUGUUUUUUAUUCUAAAUAUAUCACGUAAAGCAGGUAUUAAUUAUAUUCAUUGGAUAAACUAUAUAUCUUAUUUUAUGCCCUCUAUUCGUCGUUCUUUCUCUAUCUUUUCUAGUUUUUGUAUAAUAUUUUUAUUACAAUCUCAUUAAAUAGAAACAUACAUAAUUCAAUUUCUAGAUAUUUUAAUAUUGCCUUUUAUUUUUGCAAAUUUUUGCAAUCUUAUGUGCAUGUAAUUUGUUCUCUAAAAAUUUUGCUUAAACUUGGAUCAUUAAUAUUCAUCAUUAAUCGAAUUUAUUUCUUUGUCAGAAUAAAUGUGAAAACAUAUUUAUAAUUGUAUAUCAAUGUUUUUAUAUAUAAUAUUUUUCAUUUUCUUUCUACUAUUUUUUUUUAUUUUCUUCUUUUUCUAUUAUCGAUUUAAUGAUUUUUGAUUUAUUUUUUUCGACGACGAAUGGAGAGGGAAAAGUGAUAGUUUCAUUUCAAACUAAAGCACCCACAUAUUUCUAUUAAAUAAAUGACAAAGAAUAUCCAUAAAUUUGUAAAAAAAAAAAAAAAAAAAGAUAGAUUACGUUAAAAUAUAAAUAUAAAUUAUUAAUUUCAUUUAAGAUUUUGGAUAGGAUAAAAUGUUAUUAUAAAGUCAACUAUUUGUUAAACAAGAUUAAUUGUAUAAUACUUAAUUAAUCUUUACGUAAAAAUAAUUAUGAUAUAAAAAUAACAUUGUUCAUCCAUAUCUUUAAAAAACCGAAAGAGCGCAAAAAUCAUAUAUGCAAUAAUUAUAUAAGUUUCUAUAAGUUUCUAUAUGAGAAACAAAAAUAUUGCAAUGUUUUUGUGUAACAAUUAGCGAAUUAAAAACUUUCAUUGAUAAAGUUAUAACAUAAACAUUGCAGACAUAUAAAUUCAAUGAUUUCAUCUUAUCUGUUAUUUGUUUGCAAAUUUGUUUCACAAUGUCUGUUCAAUCAUUUGGUGUAUAUUUUAAGAGCAGGAUUAUUAUUAAAUAAAAUGUUGCAUACUUACUAUGAAUGAAAUAGUCACAAAGAUAUCAAGUAGCGAGUGCAUGGAAUGCGAUUUACAAUAUAUGACUACACGGCCUUUGGUGCACAGUAUGAACGUUUACUUUUAUUGCAGUAUACAUUUAUAAACUCAUAUGUACAUUUAGCUUGUACAUAGAGCGAUGAAUGAAUAUAUUUUAUAAUCGGAUGCGAAAAAGAGAAUUUAUUUUUUGCCUCCGUAAUAUAGCAUUAGAUCAUUUUUGCAAGAAUAAAAAAGGGUAAAAAGAAAUUAUAAAAAUGAUAAAAAAAGAUAGAUCAUGUUAUUUUUCAAUAUCUAUAAUGAUCAUGAAAUCGAAAAUUUAAUUCGGUUUCUGAAUCAUAGAUUUAAUUUUAAUUAAUAAUAAUAACUUAAAUUACGUGUAUAUUGCGUUGCAUCGAAAUUCAACGCUAAUACUCUUUUUUUAUUACAUAAAAUCAUAAUUUUAAAUAUUGCGAAUUAUUUUCUCUUAGGAGAUAUUUAAUAGAACAGUUUUUAGGUUUCAUAAAUUUUUACGUAGUAAUUUUUUGGUAAAUCUUAUAUUUAUACAUUAAUUAACAUAAUAUAAUAUGAUAUAGAAAUGUGAUGUAAAACAUAUAAGCACUGUCAUUUACGUUGCAAACCAAGGUUAGUUGAAAUUUCGUAAGAAAUGAAAUGUCUUUAUCAUUUGUAAAAUAAUGAUCGAAUGAUAAUUAAACUAAAGCGAGUACUUUUCAAUUCUUUACUCUGGGAUGAAAAAUAUUUGUUGAGACUGUACAAAUUUUUUAAUCUUUGAAAUUAAAUUGUAUUAUAAAGUUUAA